UUAAUUUUAGCAGAAAAGAAAGAUCUCAUAAAAAAAUAAAAGAAAAUAAAAUAAAAGAGGAAUAUGUGCCAUGCUUUGAAUUGAUACAUAUCACAGCAUAAAAAUCAAUGGAGGAGGAGAAGAGAGAGGUUCACACUCACACUCACACAAACCCCACCAAUUCAUCAUCCACCACCACCAUGACAUUUUCCGAUGAGAUUCCGAGCAUAAGCACCACCACCACCAACACCAACAACAACAACACAAGUUUAUUCCCUUUUCAACCUUCAAUCUCCACCAUCUUUGACACGUUACCAUCUUCUUCGUGUGACCAAAAAGCUUCUUCUUAUGGAUUCAUAGAUUUAUUGGGUACCCACGAUUACAACAACAACAAUUUUUUGUUAUCAGAUUGGGUUACUAUUCCUACCACCACCGCUACAAUCAACCACCGUCUUCCGUCUCCGGUGAGCUCUAACAUUCCGGAUUCCUCUGAGGUGUCGAACACUCCGGCGUCGCCGAAUUCGUGUUCAAUUUCAUCGUCUUCUAAUGAAGCCACCGUUAAUAAUACCAUUGAACAACAUAGAGGUAAACUUUCAGGGAACGAACAAGAAACAGAGUUACAAGGAGAUGACCAACAUCAACACAAGACUCACAAACAGUUGAAAGCAAAGAAGAAGAACGAAAAGAAGCAAAGAGAACCGAGAUUUGCUUUCAUGACAAAGAGUGAAAUUGAUCACCUAGACGAUGGGUUUAGGUGGCGUAAAUAUGGCCAAAAAGCUGUAAAAAAUAGUCCUUAUCCCAGAAGCUACUAUCGUUGCACCACGGCAAGUUGCGGCGUGAAAAAGCGCGUGGAGCGUUCAUCCGAUGAUUCUUCCAUUGUCGUCACUACUUACGAGGGUCAACACACGCAUCCUUCUCCUGCCACGUCACGUUCUAGCUUCGGCUUCGGUACUGGCUUCGGUGGCGGUGCGUUUCUUGCUUCGGGUUCACACUCACAAUUUGUGCUACCACGUACUCACAACGCGGUUCUUCCACCACACGCUCCAACAUUGUACAAUUAUACUAAUAUUACUACUACACCCCCUCUUUCUUCUCUUCCUGGUUCCACUGGUAGUUACGUUAAUACGUCGUCGUUUGAUGGUUUUGGAAGUAUUAACGAUGCUUUGUUAAGAGACAAUGGGUUGCUUCAGGACAUUAUUCAAAUGAAAAAAGAGGAGAUUAAGGACUCAAUCAACGAACAUUAACACUAGGUGACAAAAUUAUAUUAUUACUAUGAAUUUAUUUUGAUUUUAUGUGUUUAUAUUGCUUAUGCAGCUUAAUAUUGGUAUGGUUUUCAUGACACCUUUCUAGAAGAAGCCUCAGCUAUAUAUAGGUUUGAGUUUAUAUGAAGGUUAAUUAAUUUGGUUUUCAAAUGACUAUUUCCUCUUGUUGCUUUUAAAAGGGCUUCAGAUAUUUCUGAUUUUCUUUAUUUCAUUAUUAAUAUUUUUCUUCUUUCCUUUUAUAUGGGUUCAUUAUUCUUUGUAACUAUUGAGAUUUUAUUCCACACGAUGAAUUAUUUUUUGUCGAUCCCUUCCUUA